AUGAAAGAAGGCAUGUCCAAUAACAGCACCACUAGCAUCUCCCAAGCCAGGAAAGCCGUGGAGCAGCUGAAGAUGGAGGCCUGUAUGGACAGGGUGAAGGUCUCACAGGCGGCCGCGGACCUCAUGGCAUACUGUGAAGCCCACAUCCGGGAAGACCCUCUCAUCAGUCCAGUGCCUGCAUCCGAAAACCCCUUCCGCGAGAAGAAGUUCUUUUGUAUCAUUCUCUGACUCCAACUGGUGAUGCCCACGCCUGCUGUCCUGUCCGUGAAACUGCCCCGUGGGAGACCAUGCAUGCUUGUUACCUUGGGGAUGCGACCCACACCCACCCUGCCAGGCCUCUUCCUGUCUUUCCUUUUUUCAUU